CCGGCUCUCCGACCCUUUCCGGGCCUCAAUUUGGUGGCGGCAAAGUCGUUCUCUUCUGAGAGCUUGUGUCUGGUCCUAUGCAGUAGGUCUUCCUGGGGGCCAGGAUGGAAAAGCAACUGGGGAAGCAAGCUGCUGCCGCGCCCGCGGACUCCGGAGAGGAGGGCGCACUGCCGCCGGACGCCGGCGCCCAGAAGCAUCCACAGGACCAAAUGACCCUGCUGCUCAGACUGAGAGCACAGACAAAACAACAACUCUUGGAAUAUAAGUCAAUGGUUGAUGCAAAUGAAGAAAAAACUCCAGAAGAAAUCAUUCCAGAAAAGCACAUUGAAACUAAAAUUGAAGACCUGGAAAAUGAAAUUGAAGAGGUGAAAAUGGCUUUUGAAAUGAAAAAGCUUGCAUUAGAUAGGAUGCAACUUUCGACGGCCCUUAGAAAAAACCUGGAAGAAAGUAACAUUCAGAAUAGUGAGCUCAUGGAAAACAUGAAACACAUAUUAAAGCUAAAUAAAAUAAUAAUGACAUCACAGCAGGAAUCUUGGGAUUUGGAGGCAAAACUGCUUAAUGUUAAAAAGAAGAGAUUUGAAUUAAAACGAGCUUCAGAACAAAAGUUUUUAGAAGUACAGACUGAAAAGAACAAACAGAAAGAUGAUUUGGACAGUAUGGAAAAUUCAGACAAGAUAAAGACCUUAAAACAAAAGCUACAGAUGGAGAUACAAAUUACUACAGUUAUUCAACAUGUGUUCCAGAACCUCAUUUUGGGGAGUAAAGUCAAUUGGGCAGAGGAUUCUGCUCUUAAGGAAACUGUUCUGCAGCUUGAGAAGAAUCUCACCAUGAUGUAAUAAAAAUUCUAUGUUGUCAUUAUUUGCUUUUAUCUGUGAUACAUCAUUUAAAUAGCACAUUUUAGGUGCAAUAUGUUUUUUGGUAUUUUUGGAACUAUUCUUAUACUACAAAUUUUUUUUUAGCUUAACACUAUAACAUGGAAUCUAUUGUUUUAAAUAUGAUAAUUAAAGUGACUGGCAUACUCCAAAAGAAUCUGAAAAUCUUGGCCUUACAAGGGGGUUUGGAAAGACUUUAUCUAGUCAGCUUUCCACUCAAUGUGGACAUUUUUUCUAAGUUCCUGGAAGUCCCAACUCUUAUUUGUAAUACAUCUGUGCAUUUCUUUGUCAACCAAAAUACCAGAAAAAUUAGAAAAGCAUAUCCACAUCUUUAUUUUUUAACAGUCAGUUGUAUUUUAUUCAAAUAAAUCUUAUUUUAGAUUUAUUU